AUGAAGAGAGACAUUGCUCAGUUUGUGUACUCUUGCUUGACUGGUCAAAAGUCAAAGGUGGAGCACCAGAGACCGGGUGGACUAAUGCAACUGUUGGAUGUCCCUGAGUGGAAGUGGGACAACAUAUCGAUGGACUUUGUAACAGGUUUACCAAACACUGCUAAAGGAAAUGAUGUUAUAUGGGUCGUUAUGAAUAGACUGGCUAAAUCGGCUCAUUUCAUUCCGGUUAAGAUCAGCUUUUCGUUGCAGAAGCUAGCAGAGAUUUACAUCAGUAUCAUUGUGAAGCUUCAUGGUAUUCCAUCUAGUAUCUUUUCUGAUAGAGACCCGAGGUUCAGUAUUGGGAUGACACCUUUUGAGGCUCUCUAUGGUAGGAGGUGUAGAACUCCUAUAUGCUGGUAUGAGACUGGAGAGAAUGUUGUGAUUGGGCCUGAGAUUGUUCAUCAGACCACCGAGAAGGUGAAGAUGAUCCAAGAGAAGAUGAAGGCAUCUCAGAGCAGGAAAAAAAGUUACCAUGGCAAGAGGAGGAAGGCUCUUGAGUUCAGUGAGGGUGAUCAUGUUUUUCUAAGAGUCACUCUGCUCCGGAAGUAUAUUCAUUAUCCUUCUCAUGUGAUUCAAAUGGAUGAUAUGCAUGUGAGAGAUAAUCUGACUGUGGAGGCUUUACCUUUGAGGAUUGCGGAUCGAGAAGUGAAGAAACUCAGAGGUAAGGAGAUUGCUCUUGUGAAGGCCGUCUGGGGAGGACCUGCUGAAGGGAGCAUGACCUAG